UAGAGUCGGAAACAAUUUAAAAAAGAAAAGAAAAAACAAAGUUUGGCUACGAAACGCAACCACGCGGUUUCAUUUAUUUUCCCUUUUUGUUUUUAUUUUUGCAUCUAUCUCUUCUCUUCUCUUCUCUUCUUCUCCCCCUGACUCAGGUAAUUGGUGCUUCCAUGGACGAGGUGAUCACGGCCGCUGAUGCCUCAUCGAAUGGAUCUACAUCAUCACAGACCUCCAUCAUUCCCUCUAAUCUUCCUCUCCUCUCUGCCUUCCUCUCCUUCGCUCUCGCUCAGUUUCUCAAGCUCUUCACCACCUGGUACAAAGAGAAAAGAUGGGACUCUAGAAGGAUGCUUGGGUCAGGAGGAAUGCCCUCAUCGCAUUCAGCUACUGUGACAGCUCUGGCAGUUGCUAUUGGUUUCCAGGAAGGAACUGGAGGAUCGGCCUUUGCCAUUGCAGUGGUUUUGGCAUGUGUUGUCAUGUAUGAUGCUACUGGUGUAAGACUCCAUGCUGGUCGUCAAGCUGAAUUAUUAAAUCAAAUAGUAUGCGAGCUACCUCCAGAACACCCAGUUUCUAGUGUUAGACCUCUACGCGAUUCACUUGGUCAUACUCCUUUGCAGGUUCUUGCAGGUGCAAUGUUGGGAUGUAUAGUAGCUUCCCUCAUGAGAAGUUCCAGUUAGCUAGCAGAUGGUUAAUUAGAUUAUUCUCUGACUUAAAGAGUGAAUCAUGGGCUCUAAAGGUCAUUGCAAGCGUUUCCACGGAAGGUUUCUCAACAAUUUUUCCCCCGUCAACAGUAAAAAGGAUUGACCGAAAAAAAAGUAUGGCAAGUUUGUAAUCAGAAUUCAACUGUAAAAACGUAAAAAAGUGUGUUCUAAUGCCUUUGAACACUUGGCUAUAGAUUGUUCAUCCCAAGUACAUAAAGAUGAUUGUGUUUUUGUAUUA